GAAGAUCAGCGAACAGAUUGAUUCUCACAUCUCGCUGAUGCUGCAACACGAGAAGACAGUUUUGACUGACAACUGUGAGAGAAUUUGUUUGGGAUUACAACACCAAACACAUAAUGAUGAGAUACUUGGUAAACAGGAUGGAAAACUGAGAGAAGUGAAAACAUCCAUCUUCCUGUUCUGUCUAUUGCACACUUAAGUCAUGAGAUCACAGCGCGCACACACACAUAUCGUGUCAACAUUAUGUUUUCAUCAGAACGGAUUUGUCAGUGUUCUCCUCUAUCACGCUAAUUAAUCUCGACAGCCGUCAUCAUGGAGAAGAAGGAAAACUGCCCCCCAGGGUUAUCGUUACACCAGCCAGACGAUAUCAUUUGGCGGAUAGGGGGUCAGUCAGCCUCUCUCCCCUGUAACAUCGCAUAUGAUACCAAUAGGAACAUUGAUUUCCUCUGGUUCGUCUUCAAGCAGGACGCUCACCACUCGGUCGAUCUGAUAACCCAGCAACACAAAUACAGCCUGGAGAGAAACAGCCUAAAUAUCAACUCACUCCAGGCCAAUGACAGCGGGGUGUACCACUGUGCUGCCUUGUUUAGAGACGUGGUAUGCAGCGGGGCACAGGAGAUAGGGCAGGGCACCACGCUGGUGGUGAGAGAGAGGGGCGUGCAGAUGACCUGGCAUGUUUUGCUGUGGCUGCUGUUUGUCCUGUUAGUCUUGUACAGUCUGGCAAUACUGAUUCUGAUCAUUCGUAAGAAGACUGGGAAAGACAUUGCCGUUUGCAGAGGCACACAGAAGAGUGACAUCCAGAAGAAUAAAGUUCGAGUACAGUUUGGUGCUGUUGUGCAAGAGCUGUACGGUAAGAGGAACUUACGAAGUAACAAGAAAAACCCCAACCACAGUGGCCCUGCUCAAAACAAGGUUGAAAGCCCCCACUCCAACCAUCCAGAGGACAUUUACCAAAACCAGUGACUCAACAAAAAGAAGAACCACUAAUGACAGCUACUUCCCUACACAGACUGAUCUUCAGGCGGGAGACUAUAAACGAAGGACACUGCUGACCUGCAAAACGACUAACCAAAAUCUAAAACUGACCCUUAGCUUAACCAAAGAGAGUAACCAGACAAAAACAAUCUCGAUUUAUUGAUAAACUUCAAAUUAAUCAGAAAGAAAAACAGAAGUCCCUCUACUGAAUCUGAAGUUCACCUAUUUGAAUAUCCACAUUUUUUUUGUCCAUG